AUGGCACGCUCACCUAGCAAGGAAGAUGCGGUCAUCAUCGUCGGGGCCGGCAUCUUUGGCCUUAGCACCGCAGUGCACUUGUCUCGCCGGGGAUACAAGAACGUCACCGUUUAUGACAAACAGCCUUACCACGAAAGUCUGUAUUCGUAUUUUAAAGGCGCCGAUGGAGCACCUGCAGACAUGAACAAAAUCAUCAGAUCUGCUUAUGGCGCACAAACAGAGUACCAGGGCUUGACCAUUGAGGCGCUAGAGGGCUGGACCGCUUGGAACAAGGAGCUGGCAAGUGGGAAGACAGUCCCACCGGGCCUAACCACCGACGAUCGCGUAUUUGUCAAUAACGGCAACCUGUCACUUUCAGACUCGGCAUCUCUACCCCAAUUCGAGCAGGACACCGUGGACAACAUGGAAGCAGCAGGGCAUCGGAACACUCAGCUAAUCACCAUUGACGAGCAACAUCAGAAAAUUGCUGCUGAAAAAGGAUGGUCUUUUGGGAUGGACCCGUUCCGCCGUUUGCAAAGAGGUCUCAACGCGGCCGGUGUCCUUGACACGACGGGAGGUAUGGCCGUGGCUGACAAGGCCUGCCGGUUUGCGUUGCAUAAGGCGGCAAGCCAAGGCGUCAAGUUUGUAUUAGACCCGCAAGCUGGUGCUCUUGUCUCGCUGAUCUACGAGGGUAAGAAGGUUAUCGGGAUCAAGACCCGCGACGGCAGGGCACACCACGCCAAGCUGACUAUACUGGCGUGUGGUGGCUGGACACCAUCUUUGCUCCCAGCCCUGGAUGGCCUAUGUGAGACGACCGCGGGCUCGGUCGUGUUACUCAAGAUCCCGCGCGAAUCGCCGUUAUUUACUCGUUUCGCACCUGAGAACUUCCCAACAUUCACAUACAAGGUGAGGGACGGCGCUGAGGGUGGUCUAUACGGAUUCCCGAGGGAUGAGAAUGGCUGGUUGAAGAUCGGCUAUCGCGGUACAAAGUACACAAACCCCGUCACGCAAGCUGAUGGCAAGGAACGCAGCGUACCCGUAACGCGGUGGUCGACUGCGUCGGCGCCUGGCGAUCCUAACGAAGCCACUAAUGAGCGCCUAACGACGAUUCCCCAGCAAGCUUUGAAAGUCUUGCGCUCCUUCUUGGCAGAGAAUCUCCCGGAGCUAGGCGCCGAGGGCAUCGAUAUUUCUCUUACCAGAGUGUGUUGGUAUACGGACAGCUAUGAUAAUCACUUUGUCAUUGACCACGUUCCCGAGACCGAGGAGUCACUUAUGGUUGCGACUGGUGGUAGCGGACACGCGUUCAAAUAUCUUCCGAACAUCGGCAAUUGGGUUGUAGAUGCAUUGGAAAAGAAGGGGCAAGACCAGAUCCCGCCGAAGCUUUGGAAGUGGAGACAGAUUGGGAAGCAAGAAAACCCGUAUAAUGUCUUAAUGGAGGGAAGCAGUGGCCCGACAGCUCUCGGCAAUGUGCCUUUGGCGGCCCAGAUUGAGAUAGCUGGUGAUGUAAAACCUAGAUUGUGA